UUACAACCCUUGGAUUCCGGAGGCGUGGCCUGAGGGGGCGGAGCCUGUGGGCGUCCGGGAGAUGGUGCCUGGCAACGUCCGGAGUGGGCCUCGAGAGGUCCUCCCUUGGGAGGGGAAUUCAUGACAAACUCCAGAGAGGUGCGGGAGAGGGUCAGGAGAGAAGAGGCCGAGGCGGAGUUCGCAGGAAAGGUUUCAAGUACAGGAGAGGCAGGAUAAGUUGUGCGAUUCAGGAAAGUCCCUGGCCGCAGUACCGAGAAGUGAGGGCUUGAGACGUAUGAGCGGUUGGGGAGGUCGAGAGUUGGCCGGAGCUGGCGUCCCGGCAGAGAGGGCAUUGGCCCAGACGAGAGGAUGAGAGAAGAGAAGGGAUCUAAGAGACCUUUAGGAAAUGGGACAGACAGGACAUGAGGACUGAUAAGACAGAGGUGACUGGCCGAAAAGGUGGAGUCACCAAGGUGGGAAAGCCUGGGGCAGAAGUCAGGUGAGGUGUUCAACUUGCCCUGCUGGGCGUGAGGGUCCCACAGGAUAUGCAAAGGGCUGCGGGACCUCCUGGGCCUGCAGUUUGGGGUAGGGCCUGAGCUGGAGACAUUAGGGUUUUGGGAGUUUUGCAACUAGAGGUGAAGCUGAUGGGGGACCAGAAGGAGAGCAGAGUGCAGUGUGAGUGUAAGAACUCUGGCCCCUGACCUUGACCAUAGGAGAGGGAGAGAGGCAGAACUGAAGAGAGAAAAGUUGGAACAUCCCUAAGGGGAAUGGGACUGCCACCAGAACCCAAAUUGUGCCUCCUGCCAGCCUCGUUUCCAGCCCCCGUCCAUCCUGUAAAACACCUGAGGAGAGUGUGUACGAGGGGCGGGGGUCCUCUCUGAGGCCUGCCCCAGCUUGCUGUCCCUUGGUUCUAGGAUGCUCUGGAGCUUGACCCGGCUCAAUCAAAGGCCAUCCCAAAGCCAUGGGUGUUUCCAGUCCCAAAGGGAACCCUACAGCGCAUCUUUGGGAGCAGCCAGGUGUUCCAGAACUUGGAUGAUGUAAAACCGAAGGUCACGGGAUUAACAGUGCCCCUCAAAGUCAGGGAGUAGUGAGUCACUACCUUGUCCCAGGGUCCCAGGUUCCUACCCUGCACAGCGAGUGGCGUGCCCUACAGCCUUGGGUCAGUUACUCUCCCUCUCUGGGCUUCAGUGAACUCAGCUGUAUAAUAGGGCUCUUCUGCCUCAGCAGAUGAAAGGCUGCUGGCCGGGAUGAGCUCCAGGAAUACCAGGCUCCUCUCCCUGGGUCUCUGUCUACCGGCCCCACCGUGUCUCUCCACCCACGUCCCCCCUCCUCCCAACCCACUCCCGCGGCCACAGCUGUAUGCCCUGGGUUGGUCAAAGUCAGGGCCAGCCCCUCUGCCUGUGCCCCCCUGCCCCUACAGCUACCACCAAGGCCUGCAGUGCUUGGAGAAAGAGGACUGGGAGAUGGCCGUGCUCUUCUUUUCCCGUGCCCUCCACCUGGACUCCCACCUGGUAGACUUCUACGCUUUACGAGCUGAGGCCUACAUCCAACUCUGUGACUUCUCCUCGGCUGCCCAGAACCUGCGAAGGGCCUACUCCUUCCAGCCAGAGAACACCAAGUACCUGGAGCGGCUUACCUUGGUCCUUUACCUGCAGGGCCAGUGCCUGUUUGAGCAACGUGCCUUCCCAGAAGCCCUGAGGGUCUUCUCGCAAGCCUCUGCGCUCCAGCCUGAGAAAGCCAGCUUCCGUUACCGAUGCAUGGCCUGUCUCCUGGCCCUCGAACAGCAUCAGGACUGCCUCUCGCUCAUCGCCAAGGAGGAGAAGCUUGGCACAACCAAUGCUGAUGUCUUCAUCCUCCGGGCCAGGCUCUACAACUUCUUCCAGAAGCCCAGCCUCUGCUACCGAGACCUGCACAGCGCCUUGCUGUUGGAUCCCAAGCACCCACAGGCCAAGGUGCUGCUCCAGAUGAUGGUGGACCAAGCCCAGAAGGCGCGUCAGGAUGCUGGGAUCCUAGCUGUGCAGGGCAAGCUGCAGCAUGCUCUGCAGCGCAUCAACUGUGCCAUCGAGAACAACCCUCUGGACCCUAGCCUCUUCCUCUUCCGGGGCAUUGUGUACCGCCGGCUCCAGGAGUUUGAUGCCGCCGUGGAGGACUUCCUGAAGGCGCUGGACAUGAUGAGUGAGAGCCAGGAGGGCAUGGUGCGGCAGGCUCAGCGGCAGCUGUUGCUGACCUACAAUGACUUCGCCGUGCACUGCUACCUGCACGGUGCCCCCGAGGAGGGCGUGCUACUGCUCAACAAGGCCCUCAAGGACGAGCAGCAGGAGAAGGGCCUGUACAUCAACCGGGGCGAUUGCUUCUUCCAGCUGGGCAACCUGAUUUUUGCGGAGGCGGACUACCAGCAGGCACUGGCGCUGAGCCCGCAGGACGAGGGCGCCAACCUGCGCAUGGGCCUACUGCAGGAGAGGAUGGGCUUCUGCGAGCAGAGGAGCAGGCAGUUCCAUAAGGCGGAUAGCCACUUCUCAGUGGCCAUCCAGCACAACCCCCAGAAGGCCCAGUACUACCUGCACCGUGCCAGGACCCGGCAGCUCCUGCAGAACAUUUUGGGGGCCCGCCUGGAUGUUGCCACUGUCCUGCUGCUCAGCCCCAAGCAACCCAAGGUGCUCCCACUGAUGGCCAGCCUCUUCCCAGGCAUGUCGGUGGAGGAGGUGCUCUGCAGCCAGGUGGCCCACCUGGCCAGGCUGCAGUUGAAUCGGGUGUUGGAGAGCAGCCUGCAGGCUGGCAUCCCUCGAGGCAUCGUGGGGCAACUCAGACAGCGGGAACGAGAGCGCGAGAAGGCGCGGGCCCUGCAGUUCUGGUGGAAGCCUUUGUUGGGGAACUCUGAAGAGCUCCAGGCCACUCCCCAGACCCUGACAGGAGAGCCAGCAGGUGCAAACGAAGCUGAGGCCCUCCACAAGGAGGAAGAGGAGGAGCAGUGGGAGCCUGCACCCAACAGGAUGAGGUCCCUGUCCGACAGCUACCUCGACCAGACCUCUUCAGGCUCCGUCUUUGGCUUCAGGACCAUGUCCACCUCAGAGACAGAGACGUCCACUAUCUGCCAGGAAUACAAGAGCACCUCAGCCACUGCUGUGACAUCCUCUGACUCCCCACUGCUGAAGACUCAAUCCUCAGACCUGCUGGAGAACAGAGAACACCUAAGCUUGAGCCACAGCCCCAGAAAAACCAAGGCCACCCAGGGCCAGAGCCAGAGCCCCAGCAGGACCAAAGCCACCCAGGGCCAGAGCCGGAGGCCCAGCAGGACCAAGGCCACCCAGGGCCAGAGCCGGAGGCCCAGCAGGACAGAGGCCGUCCAGGGCCAGAGCCGGAGGCCCAGCAGGACAGAGGCCGUCCAGGGCCAGAGCCAGAGCCCCAGCCGGACCAAAGCCACCCAGGGCCAGAGCCGGAGGCCCAGCAAGGUGGAGGCUGCCCAGGGCCAUAGCCGGAGGCCCAGCAGGACCAAGAUCACCCAGGGCCAGAGCCGGAGGCCCAGCAAGGUUGAGGCCACCCAGGGCCAGAGCCGGAGGCCCAGCAGGACGGAGGCCGCCCAGGGCCAGAGCCGGAGGCCCAGCAGGAUGGAGGCUGCCCAGGGCCAGAGCCGGAGGCCCAGCAGGAUGGAGGCCGCCCAGGGCCAGAGCCGGAGGCCCAGCAGGACGGAGGCCGCCCAGGGCCAGAGCCGGAGGCCCAGCAGGACAAAGGCUGCCCAGGGCCAGAGCUGGAGGCCCAGCAGGACGGAGGCCGCCCAGGGCCAGAGCUGGAGGCCAAGCAAGAUGAAGGCUGCCCAGGGCCAGAGCCAGAGUUCCAGCCAGACUGAGGCCACCCAGGGCCAGAGCUGGAGGCCCAGCAGGAUGGAGGCUGCCCAGGGCCAGAGCCAGAGUUCCAGCCAGACUGAGGCCACCCAGGGCCAGAGCUGGAGGCCCAGCAGGAUGGAGGCUGCCCAGGGCCAGAGCCAGAGUUCCAGCCAGACUGAGGCCACCCAGGGCCAGAGCUGGAGGCCCAGCCAGACUGAGGCUACCCAAGGCCCAAGACAAAAGCCUAACAAGACCAAGGCCACUCAGGGCCCAAGGAAGAGGCUUAGAAAGAUCAAGGCUGCCCAUUGCCGGAGUUGGGAACCCAGUAAGGCUGCCACCCAUGGCCGGAGCGGGGGACUGAUCCGAAGUUCUAGCAAGACCAAGGAUUUCUAUGAUCCAAGUUGGAGCCCCAGCAACACUGAGGCCACUCAGGACCAAUGCCAAAGGUCCAGCAAGACCACGGCUGCCCAGAGCUGGAGCCAGAACAUAAGCUCAGGUUCCAGCAAGACUGAGGUCACCUAGGGACUGAGCCCAAAUCUCAGAAAACCCCAGACCACCUAGGGCCUGACCAGAACCCCAGAAAAAUCAA